GAGGAGGAGGAGGUGCCGCUCAAGAAGGAGAAGACACAUUUCACUGUGCGGCUGACGGAGCUCAAGGCAACCGACAAGGUGAAACUGAUCAAGGAGGUGAAGAGCUUCGUGCCAGGAGUGAACCUCGUGCAGGCAAAGAAGCUGGUGGAGUCCCUUCCUCAGGAGAUCAAGGCCAACGUCUCCAAGGAGGAAGCAGAGAAGAUCAAAGCAGCACUGGAGGCAGCAGGAGGGUACGUGGUUUCUGGA